GGGUCGGAAGGGGACUCCUGGCAGGGAGCUGAGCGCCUGGAGCUGGGGUGCGGGCACUGGAGCAGCGGCUCUCCGCACUAACUCUCCUCGCCUCGUCAGCGGGGCCCCUGCCUCAGAGCCCGGCAACUUGCGGCCGUCGCCCGUGCAGCCUGAGUGCCCCUUGUCUCCCCUGCACGUGUCGCGCCCCGCGCGCCCCGUCUGGCCGCCGCGAUGAGCGAGCUUAACACCAAAACAUCCCCAGCAACCAACCAGGCAGCUGGCCCAGAGGAAAAGGGGAGAGCUGGCAAUGCCAAGAAGGCUGAGGAGGAGGAGGAGAUUGACAUUGAUCUGACGGCACCAGAAACAGAGAAGGCUGCCCUUGCUAUUCAGGGCAAGUUCCGGCGAUUCCAGAAAAAGAAAAAGGAUUCCAGUUCCUGAAUAACCAGCCUUACCCUUCACCUUGCUCCCUUCCCUCCCCUUCUCCACAGCUCUGACUCCCAUGUAUCUUUGUCUCUUUGUCCCUCAAGCUUCUCGUUGAGGCAAGUUCAACACUUCUACAUUAUUUUCUCUGGCCUUUCAAGCCAUCGCAGCCGCAGAGGCACAAGGAACACAGGGAAGAUGAAGAAUUCAACAGGCAGCCACUUGCUUAAGGGUGGAACAUUUUCUCCUUGGGAUACAGCUCCUUGAUCAGUACCUGUGCCUGCCCUAUGAGGCUGAAGAGCAAGAGGAUUUGAGGUUGAGAGGGGGACCCCUGACAAUGUGGGAGGGAGGGAAAAGCCUUCAGAGUAGGGUGCCCGAGGGUGGGGCAUAUGCCCUGUUCCACUGGUUACAACAUUCACACUUCAGGUAGCAUUUUUUACCUUCACAUCCUUCUCAUCAGGACCUCAACUUCCCUCCUAUGAGCUAAGCCACAGUGGGGACUGGAGCCUCCCUUUCCCCUGGGCAGACCUAAAUCAAACUGCUCCCAUGUUAGUGCAUGCCCAGUAGAUUAGUUCCAAGGAAGGGAGACUGGGACUGGUAGAGACAAGGGAAAGUUUCCUUCAUCGUCUAGUCUAGAGCCGUAAGGGGCAGAAGUGGAAGAGGUUCAAGGGGCCACAGGCAGGGAAAUGGGAAGAUUUGGGAAGGAAAUCGCCAGUUGAUUUGGGAAGAAAAGAAAAGUGAAGGAGGAGGAGAUCUCUAAGGACACAAGUUACUGCUGGUAAAGGUGUACCAUAUGAAGGAUUCUUGGGGCUUUUUUAACCUGCCUACCUCUAACCCCUCAUGCCUAGCCACCCCCAGAGGCCACAAAAACCAAGUGACCCUUGUAGUUCCCACCUGCCCCACUGUGGAGUCAGAGCAGAAGUGGAACAGCCACUCUAUGUGAUUUUAGCAUGUUUAAUAAUUAUGAAAACAAUAAACAAAACCCUCAAGUGGGGCCUUUUGACCUCUACUUCUCUUUUUUCUUGGGAGGAAUAUGAAUAUAAGCCUGAGCUGGCCUCAGGGAGGGUGGUAGAGCAACUGCACGGAUUACAUGAUGGCUCAGGAAACUAACACAGACCGAAGCCCUCUCCUACCUUCCUUCCCUGACCUUGUGCUCACCUUGAUUCACCACCCACAUUGUCUCUACCUGCUGCUAUUUCCACCCCCGAUGCUCCCCUACAAGGGUGCUCAUCUCCUUCUCUUUCCCCUUCCAGCGAGCACACGCUUGGUGGAUCUGCCUCUGAAAACAAACCCCAUCUUUCCUUUCUCCCUCUCCCCGAAUGACCUGUGUUAGCUGUCCCUCCUGCUUUGUCUUCCUCCCACGACCCUCCUCCCCUCCCACUGUUUUAUCAAACAGGAGAAGAAGCAGAUGACUCUGGGUCAAUAGAGAGCACCACUGUCACGCUGAAGAUUUUAAACCAUGAAUAAAAUGAUGGCUUACAUUGCUGAGAAAUGAUUUCUAUACAUUGAAACCAGAAGCCAAAUGC